UUCAAAAAGCCAAGCAUUCCAGCAGCGACGGUCCUGCAGAGUACAUUGAAUGAGAAAGGAAACGGAAUAAGAGAUGGACGAUUACUUGAAAAUAGAAAAGAUCGGAGAAGGUACCUAUGGAGUUGUGUAUAAGGGCAGACAUAAGACCACAGGGCAGAUUGUGGCCAUGAAAAAGAUCCGCCUGGAGAGCGAAGAGGAAGGGGUUCCCAGCACCGCUGUCAGAGAGAUCUCUCUGCUGAAGGAGCUGAAACAUCCCAAUGUUGUGCGGCUCUUGGAUGUCCUGAUGCAGGAGUCUCGUCUCUACCUCAUUUUUGAGUUCCUGUCCAUGGACCUGAAGAAGUACCUGGACUCCAUCCCUUCUGGCCAGUACAUGGACCCCAUGCUGGUCAAGAGUUACCUUUACCAGAUUUUGGAGGGGAUUUAUUUCUGCCACUGUCGUAGAGUCCUGCACCGUGACCUGAAACCCCAAAACCUCCUGAUUGACAACAAAGGGGUUAUAAAACUGGCAGACUUCGGCUUGGCUCGUGCCUUCGGCGUUCCUGUCAGGGUCUACACCCACGAGGUUGUAACUCUUUGGUAUCGGGCUCCAGAGGUCCUCCUGGGCUCUCCCAGAUAUUCCACCCCUGUGGAUAUUUGGAGCACUGGCACUAUUUUUGCUGAGCUCGCUACCAAGAAGCCCCUUUUCCACGGAGACUCGGAGAUCGACCAGCUCUUCAGGAUUUUCAGGACUAUGGGAACCCCAAACAAUGAUGUGUGGCCUGAUGUUGAGAGCCUGCCUGACUACAAAAGCUCUUUCCCUAAAUGGAAACCUGGCAACUCGGUGGUGAAAAACCUGGAUAAGAAUGGUCAGGACCUACUUGGGAAAAUGUUGAUUUAUAAUCCUCCAAAGAGGAUUUCAGCCCGCGAGGCCAUGAAGCACCCGUACUUUGAUGACCUGGACACUUCCACCCUGCCAUCUGCCACCAUCAACAACCUGUAGGAUAAAUACUGACCGUUCACAUUAACACAUCUAUACUAUUGUGAAUCUGUAAAUACUUCUGUGUGUCUGUUUGUAUGAAAAUUGUUCCAGGCCCUAAAGUUUCAAAUCUUUUCAAUAAAACAACUUUUUUUGUGUGUUUUCUGA